UGGAAUAUAUACCAUCGUUGUCAAAAUUAUCAUCUGUUCUUUUUUUCUCUUUUCUUAAAACAGAUAUAAACUUGGGGUCCCUAUAAACUUUUAGGUUUCAAAUAAAUUAAUUUAGCGUAUUACAUACACUUUAAGUAGGGUGAUAUACGAAUCUAGAUAAUAAUAUUGAUCAGAAACAUUCUUAAGGAGAAGAAAAUAUAUAUAGCUAGGAAAAUUAAGGAGGAAACUCUAAAGCAGUUGAACAAAAAGUUAGGUGAAUAUCGUUGGCCUUAAUGUUAUAUACCCUUUUACUCAUUCUUCUUCUUUCUUCCCUACGAAUAUCUUUAUAACCUUUCUCGUCUUCUCAUUCUUCUUCAUCUUGAUAUCCCCAAAUAUAUACAUAAAUAAACCUACAUAUAGCGUGUGUGUGUGAGAGAGAGAUCUAGAUAGAGAAAGCUUCAUACAAUGGAAGGGGUCGACGACACAAACCCGACGUUAACACUUGAAGAAGGCGAAAACAACCCCUUUUCUUCCUUUGAUAAAACAUUAAUGAUGAUGGAUCCUUCCCUAAUGUUUUCCAGCGAUAUGGGGCCAUCUUCAUCUUGUUCUCCGGCCAGUUUUCAUAUGCCUGCUCAGCCAGAGAAUUUUCAACAUGCUGAAGGAGGAGACGCGGUGGAGAUUGGAGGAUUAAGUGAUCAUAAUAAGAAUAGUAAAGGGAAAGGGAAGAUAUCAUCGGCGAUGCAGAGGAUUGCGUUUCAUACGAGAAGUGAUGAUGAUGUUCUUGAUGAUGGUUAUAGGUGGCGAAAAUAUGGUCAGAAAUCUGUCAAAAACAAUGCUCAUCCCAGAAGCUAUUAUAGAUGCACCUACCAUACAUGCAACGUGAAGAAACAAGUGCAGAGAUUGGCAAAAGAUCCAAAAGUCGUCGUAACAACCUACGAAGGUGUUCAUAAUCAUCCUUGUGAGAAGCUCAUGGAGACUCUCAGUCCUCUCCUUAGGCAACUUCAAUUCCUCACCAGAGUUUCUGAUUUGUGAUUUAAUAUUAAUUAGUCAUGUAAUUAAAGCAUGAUAAUCUUGGUUUAAUCAUUUCAUUGACCUCAGUCUCCCAAGGAAAAAAAUGUAUAAAACAAAUUUAAGAUUAUAAAUUUUCAAGUUCAUUGAGGUGAUUUGUGUUUUAUUUUUAUUUUAUUUUUCUCCUUGUCGUUGUGUUGUAUUGUAUUGUGCAGAGAAAGCAUGUUAAUCUUGGUUUAAUCAUUUCAUUGACCUCAGUCUCCCAAGGAAAAAAUGUAUAAAACAAAUUUAAGAUUAUAAAUUUUCAUGUUCAUUGAGGUGAUUUGUGUUUUAUUUUUAUUUUAUUUUUCUCCUUGUUGUUGUGUUGUGUAGAGAAGAUGAUCACAUUUUCACACUAAAACCGUUAAAUUACAUUUUUCGGUCAAAACUGUGAAAUCACAUUUUUUGUCAAAAACGUAAAAAUGCAUUUCCUCGUAAAAACACAAAACCACACUUUCUUGUCAAAACUGCAAAACCCGUCAAAUAAUAUUUUUCGCCAAAAAUGCAAAACUAUUUUUUCGCGAAAACAACAAAAUGCAUUUUUCCGUCAAAAUGACAAAAUUACAUUUUUUUGCCAACAAUGCAAAAAACACCAAAUUACAUAUCCCUCAAAAACCACAAAAUCAUUUUUUCUGUUGAAACCGUAAAAGCGCAUUUUCCCAUCAAAAUUAUAAAACCAAAAUUUUCUAUCAAAAUCGCAAAAAACAUUUUUCCGUCAAAACCGCAAAAUAUAUUUUCCCGUCAAAACCAAAAAAAAAAUUUUGCCGCAAUAACAAGUUUUGAAAAAGCAUAACGCAUUUUUCCAUCAAAACCGCAAAUCUCAUUUUCCGUUAUUUUCCUCCCCGAA